AUGCAAAAUACACAAAAUCAUCAUAAAUUACUGCAGCAACUGCAGCAACUGCAGCUGCAGCAGCAACUGCAGCAGCAGCAGCAGCAGCAGCAGCAACAGCAGCAGCAGCAACAGCAGCAACAGCAGCAGCAGCAGCAACAACAACAACAACAUGAAGAAAUAAAGACCGAAUAUCAAUACACCAUAAGACAGCUAUUAGCAAUUCGUGCUGCUGUUGUUGCUGCUGCUGCUGCUGCUGCACCUGUUGCUGCUGCUUCUUCUGCUGGUGAAUUCAAUAGCAGCAGGAAUAGCAGCGCAACAGCAGCAGCAGCAGCAGCAGAAGCAGCACAGCAGCUACUUAACGCACAACGUGAGGACACAGCCAAUCCUGCUGCUGCUGCUACUGAGCUGCUGAAGUGUACAAAAGGACUCGCAAGCUUGAGGGUAACAUCACGCCCUUCGCUUCAUAAGAGUCUAUCGCCGCCAUCAAUUUCGCCUGCUGCUGCUGCAGCAGCUGCAGCAGCAGCUGCUGCAGCAGCAGCAGCAGCCGACGACCGCGCGUCGCUCUCUGCGGUUUGCACCACCCAAGCUUCACCUGCAGAGGGAAACGACAGCUCCUUAUCUGGCUUUACUACACAGAAAAGUCCCACCAACUUCAACCGUCUUCGAGUUAAUCCUUGCCCAGACCUCCAGGCCCUACAUGAGGCACGCCAACGGAUCGUAUCGCUUGCUGCUGCUGCUGGCGAUGAAGGUCUGCCGCUAUCAAUGCUGCUGCAGCGGCAUCUUUGCUGCUAUAAUUCCCUCCUAAAUCCGCGAGCACUCGGCUUUGACGAUCUUGCUGCUCUCGUGCGCAGCAGCUGGCCAGCCGUUGAGCUGCGAUGGACCAGCAGCAACAGCAGCAGGAUCAGCAGCAGCAGCACUCUUGUGGAGGAGGAGGACCAGCAGCAAGAGCAAGAGAAAAAGGAAGAAGAGCGACAGAAACACCAGCAGGAGACAAAGGAAGACAAGGAGAACAUCUCCGACCAGAAGCAGCAGCAGACGUCGCAAGAGAAAGAGAAAGGUGGCCAGCAGCAACAGCAGCAACAGCAGCAGGAACAGCAGCAAGGGAAGAACCAACAGCAGCAAAAGGAGGAGAAGCUGAAGCCGCGAGAACGCGAAGAGGAGCACAAGACACACAAUGUCAGCACUCAAACAUCUGUUGAUUUGCACGAGCCGGAGGAGCAGCAGCAACAGCAGCAACUGCAGCAGCAGCAGCAGCACCACCACCACCAGCAGGAGCAAGCCUCUGGUCCAUUCAUUUAUUACGUUCGUCCUCUCCUAUCCUUUGAAGCCCAUCUCUUCAGUAACCUCCUCUUCGCCCUCAUUGCAGACGCAGCAGUUCAACAGCAGCAGCAGCAGCAGCAACAGCAGCAGCAGCAGCAGCAAUCUGUACAAGAGGGUGCAGCAGAUGCCUCCAACGUCCAACCAUUCGAAGGUGUUCCAUUUGCUGCACUCCCGAAACUAUGGCAGUUAACAGCUGCAGCAGCAGCAGCAGCAAUAGCAGCAGCAGCAGCAGCAAUUCCUAGUAGCAGUAGUAGUAGCAGCAGUAGCAGUAGCAGUAGCAGCAGAAGCAGCAGCUGUAGGGAGAAGGGACUAAAUCUUGCUGAGGGUGUGUCUGUGCCGGAGGGGCCGCAGUAUAUACCGAACUCCCUCAGGAGGCAACCGACACCAGCAGCAGCGCAGCAUGCAUGCAGCAGCUCUGCUUUAUUAUCAGCGCCUAUCUAUACAGCAGCAGUAGGCGCAGCAGCAACCGGUGCAGCCGCAGCAGCACCAACAGCACCAGCUGUAGCCACCGCGCCGCUGCUAUCCGGAACAAAUGCUCUUGAUAUACAUCGCCUCGGCGGUCCUCCUGCUGCAGCAGCAGCAGCUGCUUCGCUUCUCGAAGCUGCUGUCGGCGCGCAGCAGCAGCAUAAGCAGCAGCAGCAUCGGCAGCAGCAGCACCAACAGCAGCAGCAAGGGCCGUGGCUAGGCGGCCUUUGGACUUGCCCCCGCGGUGGCUAUUCUGUCAAUAAUUCGCAGGUAACUAAGUCCUCCGCCGAGGCUCUGUUGCGCCUGCUGGAACAGCAGCAGCAGCAACAGCAGCAGACAGCAGCACCAACAGUCGCAGAACAGCAAGGUGCGCCCUCCGCUGGAGUCCUGCAAAAAUUGAACUCCGCCCUCAGCAGACAAGCCCCGCAGAUCAGUUCUCAGCAACAGCAACAGCAACAGCAACAACAGCAACAGCAGCAGCAGCAGCAAACGCUGCUGCAGUUGCUGCAGCGACUGCAGCCGCAAACGCAGCAAAGAGUACUUCGGGAUGCAGCAGGCAGUAUGGCCGGAGACGAGCGUCUGCAGCAACUGCUGCAACUAUUAGGCGCGGGCGAGAGGCAGCAGCAGCAACAGCAGCACAAGCAGCAACAGCGGCAGCAGCAGCAAACACUUGAAACUCUAGGCGCGGAAGCAACAGAAAGCGGUCGCAUAUGCGCUGGCAGAGGAGAAAUGUCGAUUCUGCAGCAGCAGCAGCAACAGCAACAGCAGCAACAGCAGCAGCAGCAGAAGGCGCUUGCUGAUGGACUACUGGCGGAGUUGCUUGCUGCUCAAAGGCCCUUAUUCUCCAGCGCUGGAGUAACUCUGCAGCAGCAGCAGCAACAGCAGCAGCAGCAGCGCAUCAUGGCUGCCCAGCAGCAACAGGAGGCCAUGCUGCAGCUACGGAAGCGAUUAGUGAAUAUUGUACGGGCUGCAUGCAAACAGCAGCGGCUGCAGUGGAUGAAGAACGAAGACCUCAGCGAGAUGCUAUGCAGCAAGCAGCAGCAGCAGCAGCAGCAAGGGGAUGCUGUGGAGGAGGACGCAGCUCAGUUAAAGCAGCAGCUACUGCUAUUGUUGCAGCUCGAUAGCCAGCUCCAACUUCUCCUGCAGCAACAACAACAGCAACAGCAGCAGCUGCAGCAGCAACAGCUGCAGCAGCAGAGUGCAGAUAUGGGAGCUGGGACCCAUUCUCUGCCGCGUUCGGCCUGUCCUUCUGGUCUUUCCUCCCCACUCCCUGCUGCGCCUGCUGCAGCAGCAGCUGCUGCUGCUGCCACUGCCGUACGCCGUCUUACUGGAAACAGCCGCCAAAUAACUUCUGAGCAGCAGAACCAGAGGAACUUGCUGCUGCUGCUGCUGCAGCAGUUGCAGCAGAUGCAGCAGCAGCAACACAGACAGCUGCAGCGGCAGCAGCAGCAAGUGAGCGCCCCGCAAAGCUCUACGCCGCAGCUCGAGAUGCCGCAACAGCAUCAACAGCAGCAGCAGCAGCAGCAGCAGCAGCAACAGCAACAGCAACAGCAGCAACAACAAGCUCAAGGACAACAGUUGCUGCAGCUGCUGCAGCGCCUAUUGUCCACCCUAAGCAGAUCGGCACCCGGCAACAGCCGCACAAGGGACACUGCAGCACCUCCUGCUGCUGGCUCCUUGCAAGCACCUAUACCGGAUUCGACAACACAAGCAACAGCAACUGCAACAAGAGCAGCAGCGGAUGUUGCAGCAACUACAGCCGCCCUAAGGUCAAAUGUGCAUAGGCUGGUAUACGUAUUGGUUGCCAGGCUCUGUCAGCAGCAGCACGCCAAGCAUUUGUUGCAGCGGAUGAGCAACGAUCCCUCGCAGCAGCUGCAGCAGCAGCAACAACAACAGCUGCAGCAGCAGCAACAACAGGACGAUCUACAGGAGCUGCAGCAGCAGGGCCGCUGGAAGGCAAUGCAAGACGCCCAAAUGCUUUCUGAGAAUGGUGUCCAAGGAGUGCGUCUGUCGGAGAUCGCCGAAGAAUGGAGAAAACUUUACGGCUGUGAUUUGGAGACACCAAUGGCGCAUGCAGGAUGCACAGAUAUAAGGCAAUUGGUGGCGUCUGUCCCCGGACUGUUCGUCGUUGGCCAGGGAGAUGAUGCUGUUUGUCUUAUUUCCCUUCCUUCUAAUGAUCAAAACCAACUGUCUUUUAAUGCGACGCUGAAGGAUCAGCUUAACACGGAUAAGGGCCUCCCCGCCUUAGACAGAGGCUGCGAUCGUGUCAAAAGCUUCAUCGUCGCCAAAGAAUAA